AUGAAAAAUUUGAAAGGCAGUUUAAAAUUGCUUAAUUCAAAUAUAAAUAUAGAAGAAAAAAAAAAAAUAUGGUUAAAUAUAAUUAAAAGUGAUACAGUUAAUUUAAAAGGAAUAGGAAAAAAUCUAAAAAAUGUUGCUUUGUCGUUUUUUAAAGAAAAUUAUAUAUACAAUGAGGAAAAUUUAAUCAUUUUAAAUUCAUUCUGUAAAGAAAAACUAGAUGAAUAUCUUGUAAAUCAUGAAAUUAUAGAUUUUUUGCAGAAAAUAUUUUUAUUUUAUGAGUAUUUUAUAAGUGAACAAAAUAAUGAUAUUAAUAAAAAACAGUUUAUUGAAAACGUGUGUGAUUGUUGUAAAAGGAUAUUUUUAAAAAAUAUUAUAAAAUACGAAAAGGAGAUACUAGAUUUUUUAUUAAAAAAUUUAAUUAAUUAUAUUAAUAAAUAUUCAUUUACGUUUAUAUAUCAAUCUUUAUAUAAUAUAUAUCAAUAUCAUACUAAAAGUUAUAGAAAAUUAUAUCAUCAUAAAAAUGAAAGAUUUAAUUUUUUACUAAACUUAGAAAGUGUAAAAAUAAAUGAUGAUAUUCUAUUGAUUAAUAAUAAUAGAUUUUAUUUAGAUAAUUUUUUUAUGUUAGACGAAAAUGAUGAAAAAAAUAUAAGGGAACGUUUUUCUGAAAAAAAGGGGAAUGGUAUUUAUAAUAAUUUAAAUAAUAUGCAAAAUGAACAAGAAAAAAAGGAGAAAGAUGAAGAAGAUAAAAAAAAGAAAAGAAAAGAUGAAACUACAUUUAAAAAUGGAGAAUAUAAACCUCAUACUCUUAAUAGGAGUAGAUUGAUUAAGAUAAAUAAUUUAAACGAAGAAUUUAUAUGUUUUUAUAUGUUUAAAUAUUUUAAAUCUUGUUUCGAUAAUAUUAAUUUUUAUUUAAUAGAAAAAUUUAUAGAAAAUUAUUAUGUUAAUCAUAAUAAUGAGAAUAUUUAUAAAGAAUUGUUCUUGUUUUUCUUUUUAAUUUACAAUAAUAAAAUGCACAAUAUUGUAGACAGAAUUUUCAAUGAUACCAUAAAUUAUUUAAAUAAUUGUAAUAAUUUAGAAAUUAAAAAGAAAAAGAAAUUAUUAAAUAAUGAAUCAUUAGAGGGUAGAAAUUUGUGUCUUAAUGAUUUUUUAUUUUAUUUUGAAUUAUUAAUAAAUAUUAUAACAUAUAAAAAUUUCCAGUAUGAAAACAAUUAUGAAUAUUAUAUUAAUUAUCUUAAAUUACUACAUGAAAAUAACACAUUUCAAGAAUUAUUCAUUGAUUCUUUUUUUUUUGUUUUUGUUAGUGUUGAAGAAGAUACUAUUAGAAACAUUCUUUUAGUUAAUUUUGUAAAAUAUUUUUCUAAAAAAUAUUUAAUUUUGUCAAAAUUAUUUAUGAACGUAAAAAAUAUUUUCCAUAUAAUUUAUGAUAUAAAUGAUAAAAAUAUCAUUUACAAUGAAAACGUGUUUAAUAAUAUAUCAACUGGAAAAUUUUUACAAUAUGAUAAAGAAAACAGUAUAAAAAUUGAAUUUAAUUAUCUUUCAUAUAUAGCAAAAAAUAUAUGUAUAGACAAAUAUAUUUGCUUAUUUUUUAAAGAAGUAUAUUAUAUUAUCAGCAAGAGCAAUAUUGAUUUCUUUUGUUAUAUCACUCAACUGUAUCUCUAUAUUUAUGAUAACAUUCUUAAUAAAACAAUAAACAUAAUUUAUGAAAAUGAAAUGAAUUUAAAUGAUAAUUCUUUUGAUAUUUGUAAAAGAAUCCUCAAGCCUUUUUUAUUUGUAUAUCUUGGAUUAUUUGAUAAUUUUGUGCAGAAAUUAAAAAAAAAAUUAUUUAGUGAAAAAGUUAUGCUUUCAUUUUCAUUUUUAAACAAAUAUCUAUUCAAAAAUAUGUUUGAAAAAACAUUUUUACAAAAAGAUUUGUUUUAUGUUAUAUAUCAAAUAUAUUUUCUGUUAUAUUCUCUAAAAUACAAUUUCCUUAGCUUUUUAACAAACAUCAUAACAACCAAAAGAAAAAUAAAUGAAUAUCUUGUAUAUUUUCUAAAAAUGAAAGAACAAAACUGUAAAAAUAACAUAAAUAAAGAAAUAAUGCAUGAUGAAAUACAAAUUUUAGAUAAAAAUUCAUCUGAAAGUGAUACUCAUGAAAAUAAAAACAAACAUAAUAGAAAUAAUGAGAAUUUUGAAGAUUAUAAUGAAGAGAAGGAAGAGGAAGAAAAAGAAGAGGAAGAAAAAGAAGAUGAAGAAGAAGGAGAUGAAGAAGAAGAUGAAGAAGAAGAAGAAGGAAAAGAAAGAAAGAAAAGCGAUUGUAAAUAUUCUUAUAUACGUAAUAAAAAUAAAGAUAUCAAAAUGGACACAUAUGAAAAAAAAGAAAGAAAAUUAAAAAAAAAAUCAAAUUGUAAAAAUGGUAGUAAUGAAACAAGUGAUGAAGAAAUUAAUAAAGGAAUUUUUAAUCACGAAAAAAAAAAAGAUAUUAAUACACAUACUAACCAUGAAAAAAUAUAUGUAAGUAAGGAAGGAAAAAAUAAUAAUAACCACAGCGACAAAAAAAAUUUUAAAAAAAUAAAAAUAAUGAAUUUUUUUGAAAAAAAUUACUCCAUAUUAAAAUAUUUUGAGUCCAACACAGAAAAUAUUUUGGAAAAAUAUUGCACUACAGAUUUAAAUGAAAGUUUAAUUAUUAAAGAAAAAACCAAAUUAAAAAAGAUCAGUCAUAAUAAAUCUGUAAUAUUUGAAUCAGACGAAAAAGUUAAAUUUAGGAAAAAAUUAAAUCAUUUUUAUGAUAAUAAAAUAGAAAUUGAUGAAAUAAUCAGCGAAUUAUUUUUAUAUAAUAAAGAUAAUAUAUAUAGUAAAAUUUUAAAAAAUAAUUUGUUAAUAAUAAAAGAAUUAAAAAAUAUAAAAAUGGAAAUAUUAUAUCCUAUUUUUAAUUCUAGUUUAGUAUUUUUAUUUGAUGACUUUUAUUUUUUUAUAAUUCAAAAUAUAAAAUUAGUUAUAGAAGGCAAAGAAAAAAAUUUUUCUGAUCAUAAAAUAUUUUUAAACAUAUCUCUUAUUUUGUUACACUGUCUAACAAAAGAUGUAAAAAUAGAAAAAUAUCUUGUAUCCAUUUUUUAUAUUUUAAAAUUAUCUUUUAAUAAAUUAAAAUCAUUGCAAAUUAUAGAUGAAAUAAAAAACAAUGACAUUAAUGAAAUAUAUAACAAAAAUAAAAAGUGUUUUGAAAAUAUUAUCAAAUACUAUAAUAUAAAAAAAGAUAAAUUCAUAAAAUUUAAUGUGACUGAAAAAAACGAAGACUAUAAAACUACUACUUCAUUACACCAUAUAGAAGAAGAAAUAAGAUUACAUCAAAAUAUUUUUUAUAUUUUUUUAAAGUUAUUACAAAAUAUAUCUGAAGUACAUAAUUUAUAUUAUAAUUUUAAAUUUAUAAUAUACGAUAUCUUAUUCUCAGAAUAUUCCAAUAAAAGUAUAAUUUUUUCUUGCUUAAAAUGCAUUUUAGACAAAAGUAAAUUAAAUGAAAUAUAUAAUUACUGUUUAAAAAUCCUAAAUGAUUUAAAGGUAGAUAAUAGUCAUCUUAAAAAUAUAAUGAUUAAUGAAAAUUUCAAUAAUCCUAGUAAUACAAAUAAUAGUAUUAAUGAUGAAAACAAAAAGAAAAAAGAAAUAAAAACUGAAGAAAAAAAAAUGUGUAAUUUAAGCGAUAAUUAUAAUAAUAAUCAUGAAAAAAAUAAGGAUAGCUUAGUAACAAGUUUGAAUGAGUCAAAUAUAAAAAGGAAAGAUUAUUCACUGAUUUUAUUAAAUAAUCAAAUUUUAAAUAUUAAUUUUUUGGACUAUAAUAACAUUAAUAAUAAAAAGGUAUCUUCAUUAUAUAUAAAUAUAAUAAUAUUCUAUUAUAUAAUAAAGCAAAAUGAAAAAAAUAAUAAAAAGGGUAUAUAUGAUAAUUAUAUAAAAUUAAAUUUAGAAAACUUCUAUGACAUCAUAAAUAAAUUUUUAUGUAUUUUAUAUUCGACAAAUUCUUUAAAUUCUUAUUAUGAUAAAUAUUUAAAAUACUUAUGUUUAAAAGUUUUUAAAAGAAUUUAUAAUUAUUUUUUAAUAAAUGAAGCAGAAAUAUAUUUGAAACAUUUGAAAAAUAACAGUACAGAAAAUAUUAUAAAUGAAGAUAAAAAAUUAAAUGAUUUAAAAUAUUUAAAGAACCAAAUUAGAGAUUUCUUUGAAUUUAUAUUAAAUAAAGAAAUUAAAAAUUAUUUUAGAAAAGAAAAUUCUAGUAAAAUUCCUUUAGAUGAAUAUAAAUUUUUCUUUUUAAACAAUUUGCGUUGUAAUAGUUUUAUACUAAAAAAUACCAACUUUAUUUUUUUGAUUAAUUCCAUGUUAUUUAUUUUUAAUAUUAAGUAUGACAAAUAUACCUUUUAUAAAAUGAUAUCAAUAAUUUUAUUAGAAAAAAAUGAAGGUAGAAAUUAUAUAUUAAGGAAACUUAUGCAUUCUAUAAAAAAGUUUUUUAAAAUAAGUUAUAUAUAUAAUAAUGUAAAAAGAGAAAAUAAAAAAAAUAAAAUUAGACUAAAUAAUGAAUUAACAAGACAUUCUGUUUUAUUAUAUAUUAUUAGAAUUACUGUAAUUCUUUUUUUAUUAAUAGAUUAUAAUCAGGUAAACAAGGAAAAAUUUAUAAAAGAGGACUAUAUAAAUUACUCAAUGUUUAUUAAUGAUUACGUAAAAAAAAAGUCUCUAGAAUAUUAUUACACCCAAUUAAACUUUUUGCUUUUCAGAAUUUUCUAUGAUGAAAAAAAUUUACCACAUUUCUUUAAAAUUUUUUUCAGCACCUUGUACAUUAUAUCUUUUAAAAAAAGAGACGAAAACAUGAGCUACUUUUUUGACAAAAUAUUUAAUAUCAAGAAUGAUUAUGAAAUGAUUCUAUUAAAAGAUAAAGCAAGUAUUAAUCAUUCUUUUGAUGAUAAAGAUAGUAUCAAAUGUGAAAAAGAAAAAAAAGAGAAAGUGAUUAGUAAUUUUAAAAAAAUUGAAGAAAUAAAUGAUGGUAUGAAAAAUAUAAAUGCCAAUGAAAAAAAAAGAAAAAAUCUUAAAGAAAAUUCAGAUAAGGAAAAUAAUAUUGCUUCUGAUGAAAAGAAUUAUCAUAAAAUAUUAAGAAGCUAUAAAAAAUACAAUGAAUUGAAUGAAAAUGAUAAAAAUAAUAAUUCUUUUGAUAUGAAAAAUAAAAAUUAUAUUGAAGUUGAUAGUUCACAUAAUUCUUCAAAUGAUUCAGAUGAAUCGUUUAGAAUAAAUAUAAAUACCAAAAAUAAAAAGAAAAAUUCAAAUAAUAAAAAAAAUAUUUCAUUGAAUCAAAAAAAAAAUACUACAGAAAGUGUAACUUAUACAAGUAAAUAUAAUCAGUUAACCGAGAAAAAAAAAAAUAGUAAGGAUGAAGUAGAUGAAGAAUUGAAAAUUAGUAAUACAAAUGAAAAAGUUAAGCUUGAUGAAAAUGAAAAAGAUAAUUUAAUAAAAGGAAAUUUUAUUUUUAAUGCAUCUUUAUCAAUUAAGAUUUUAAAUCAUUUUAUUUUUUUAUGUAAAGGAUUUCAUGAAGAUUUAGAAUUAAAAAUAUAUAAUGGUAUAGUUAUGAAUUUAAAAGAAAAUGAAAAUGAUAGAGAAAAAUUAAAAAAUCUUUUAAAAGCAACGUUCAUAGAAGAUGAUAAAACUUCUAUAAAGUACAAGAAAAAAUUAGAAUUAUUGAGAAUUAUUGAAACGAAAAUUAUUUUUCUUAAUUAUAUAAAAAAUAAUUUAGAAAAAAGAAAAUCUCUCAUAACUAGAAUGAGUGAAGUAAACUUAAAUAUUUUUAAAAAUAAAUCAACGUUUAAUAUUGAAAUAGAUUUUAUCUAA